GCGCCAUAACAUGCAUAUUAAUCAGUGCUUGUUUCUUGUUUAGCCACCUUGUUAAAUAAGGAGCACAGCAGAUAUGCAAAUGGUAGGAUGACGAAGCUUUUUCCUUAAUAGUGAAUUUGUUUAUGGCUAUUUGUUUAUGGUCGGGAUCCUUCGCAGAGCUUCCUGACCAUUGUUCAUUACUGUAGUUAAAUCUUAUUCUGACUUUGAUAUGUGGUGUUCUACCACCGCAGGUCAUUAUGUACCCACAUUUCUCAUCAUACUCAGAGAAAGCAGCUUUUAGCUCCAACUGUGUGAUGACAAAAUAAGGUGUUCAAUAAUCUUAAAUAAAGAAUCCUUAUUUAGCUCUGUAUCUUGUAGUAUAAAUCCUCUGCCUCUUUCAUAUUGCCACAUAAAUGUUCAUAAUGAUGCCUGUUUUGGACAACAGGUGCGGUCAGCUUAAAUCACAGCCCAGCUCUCCUCUCCUCGAGGUGCCACAGAUGAGGAAGGAUGCCCAGUCUCUCCCGACAUCAACACUUUGCAUACAGAUUUCCAUAUAUUCCAUGUAUGUUGGGUGGGGGUCAUUUAGAUUUGUUCAGUCACUUGACUCCCUCGUCUCCAAACAAUCACAACUCCAUCUUCAGACUGGCAGGACCUUAUCUCUGUCUCCCUUCGUAGAGGACGAGGAGAUGGCGAUAAAAUUGUGUUGCUUCCCCAAGGAUCCUCUGGGGGAUGUUGAGACUUGGAGCGAGUCUGUGGACAGACUGCUCAGUUGUAAAGCUGGACAGAUAGCUUUUCGGGAGUUCCUGAAGUCUGAGUACAGCGAGGAGAACAUCCUGUUUUGGCUCGCCUGUGAGGAGUACAAAAAAACAAAGACGGUCCCUGAGAUGAUCUCAUCUGCGAACAGGAUCUACUCAGAGUUUGUCCAAACAGAGGCACCCAAACAGAUCAACAUAGAUUGCGGUACCAGAGAAAGCAUUACAAAGAACAUCUCCCAGCCGACCCUGACUUCGUUUGAUACGGCACAGAAGCUCAUCUACAGUCUGAUGGCCAGGGAUUGCUACCCGCGGUUCCUAAAAUCCGACAUCUAUCAGGGACUCCUGAGGCGAGGUGAUUCAAGGUGACUGUUUUAAAACUGGCAGCCUCUCACCAAAGGCUCAUGAAAAAAAAAAAAAAAAAACUUCUCUCCAACUCUGAUCUACUGUAGCACGCUUUGAUUUCAAUGUGGAUAACAAGUUCAUGCAAGACAGUCCAGCUCCUAAGUGUAGCAGUGAUAGUUUUUUUUCAGCCUGUGUGAUUCAGACAGAUACAGCUCAGAUAAUUUCUGGUUUGUAUUAUAAUUUAUCUCUUCAAUUAUGUUAAGUUAAAAAAUAAGUCUCAAGAGAGAAUGUGCACAUAAUUCUUCCCUGAUUGUCUAUUUUUUCCUUUUCCCUCAUGAGGGUAGUAAAAAGAAUCUCUUUCAUUGUAAAGUAUUAUCAUGUAAUUGAUUUAGCAAAUUAUAAAUCCUCU